AUGGCUCGGAUGAAGCCCUCCGAGCUGCUGCAGCGAUCCAAGGGCCGGAAACCGCCCUCGCGGUCGUCGCGAUUGUCGAUUCCGUGCCUCGCGUGGACCAUGUGCAUCGUGUCGCUCAUCGCCUUCGUCCUCUUCCUCGUCCGAUCGCGAUACAUCGCAGAGAAAGCGGGCACUGCGAAGCACCGGCCUGCCACCAACGCCCCUUUUAUUUUCAACAUCAAGACAGUGGGCGGCAUGAUUCUGCUUAAAGUCAAGUUCACGGAUUGCUUUAUAGAGAUUGCCAAACUCGUGCAGCUAUGUAAGCACAACCAUUACAAGGACGCAGCACUACAAGCAGAGUCGGAAGACGUUCUAAGAUUGACGCACAAGGACGGCAAGGAGUGGGUGGUUCUCAGUGUAGGGCCGUCAGGCAAGCCAAGUCCGUGGGAGGGCAACUGCAGCGACGCCAUUCCUGCCACCCUAAUAAGCGGGCAGGCGCUCAUAGGGGCACUGACAUCGGGGGUCAUCCCCCCCCCAGACAACCCUUCCAUCCCAUUAUCGCUGCCCUCGCUGCCGUACCUGCGCGUGGAGUACGUCAAAGUGUCGCAGGACUCGCUCGGCCUCGCCAUGGCUGAAGGCGUGGCCACCAUUUAG